AUCUCUUCAGUUGUCUGUAGAGGCUGAAGCAGGUCAGACAGCAGCUCGAAUAUUUGUUACUUUAUAAUCAUUUGGAAUUGAAAAAACUAAUUUAAAACCAUGGCCACCGACGUGCUGGACGACAGGGAGAUGAGGGAGGCCCAGCGGGACUAUUUGGACUUUCUGGAUGACGACCAAGACCAGGGUGUCUACCAAAGCAAAGUGCGGGACAUGAUCAGUGAGAACAAAGCUCGGCUGAUUGUGAAUGUGAACGACCUGAGGAGAAAAAAUGAGGGCAGAGCAGCGAAGCUGAUGAACAAUGCAUUUGAGGAGCUGUUGGCGUUCCAGCGCGCUCUGAAGGACCUGGUGGCCUCAGUUGAUGCCACUUAUGCCAAACAGCAUGAGGAGUUCUUCGUGGGGCUGGAGGGUAGCUUUGGUGCCAAACACGUGAGCCCCCGCACCCUCACAUCCCGCCUGCUUGGGAGCAUGGUGUGUGUGGAGGGCAUUGUCACCAAAUGUUCUCUGGUGCGUCCCAAAGUGGUGCGCAGCGUCCAUUACUGUCCCGCCACCAAGAAGACCCUGGAACGGAAAUACACAGACCUGACUUCACUGGACGCCUUCCCAUCCAGCGCCGUCUACCCCACAAAGGAUGAGGAGAACAACCCCCUGGAGACAGAGUUUGGCCUCUCCAUUUACAAAGACCACCAGACCAUCACGGUUCAGGAGAUGCCAGAAAAGGCUCCUGCUGGACAGCUGCCCCGCUCUGUGGACAUCAUACUGGACAACGACCUGGUAGACCUGGUCAAACCCGGGGACCGUGUGCAGGUGGUGGGCACCUACCGCUGUCUGCCUGGCAAAAAGGGGGGCUUCACCUCAGGGACCUUUAGGACCAUCAUGAUCGCGUGUCAUGUCAAACAGAUGAGUAAAGAAGUCUCUCCAUCCUUCUCUGCCGAUGAUGUGGCCAAGAUCAGGAAGUUCAGUCAGACACGCUCCAUUGACCCAUUUGACCAGCUUGCGCGCUCCCUGGCCCCUAGUAUCCACGGACAUGAGUACAUAAAGAAGGCCAUCCUGUGCAUGCUGCUGGGAGGAGUGGAGAAGGUCCUGGAGAACGGGUCUCGCCUCAGAGGAGACAUCAAUGUCCUGCUCAUCGGGGAUCCGUCAGUUGCAAAGUCCCAGUUGCUGCGUUACGUGCUGCACACAGCGCCCAGAGCCAUCCCCACAACUGGCCGCGGGUCCUCCGGUGUAGGUCUCACUGCUGCAGUUACCACCGACCAGGAGACUGGUGAGCGGCGUCUGGAGGCAGGAGCCAUGGUUCUGGCUGACCGCGGCGUCGUGUGCAUUGAUGAGUUUGACAAAAUGUCUGACAUGGACCGCACGGCCAUUCAUGAAGUGAUGGAGCAAGGCAGGGUCACCAUUGCCAAAGCUGGGAUUCACGCCAGACUCAAUGCUCGCUGCUCUGUGCUGGCUGCUGCUAACCCGGUCUAUGGCAGGUAUGAUCAGUAUAAGACUCCCAUGGAGAACAUCGGGCUGCAGGAUUCUCUUCUGUCUCGUUUCGACCUCCUCUUCAUCAUGUUGGACCAGAUGGACCCGGAGCAGGACCGCGAGAUCUCGGACCACGUCCUGAGAAUGCACCGCUACAGGGACCCCCGUGAACAGGAGGGAGCAGCCAUGGCUUUGGGCGGGACUGUGGACGUCCUGGCCACAGACGACCCUGAUGCAGCUGCACAAGAGCAGGAGGAGCUUCAGGUUUAUGAGAAACACAACAACCUGCUGCACGGAGUCAAGAGAAAGAAGGAAAAGAUCGUGAGUAAGGAGUUCAUGAGGAAGUACAUCUGCAUCGCUAAAGCUGUGACGCCGGUGCUGACAGAGGAGGCUGCCAAUCACAUCGCAGAAGAGUACUCCCGCCUAAGGUCCCAGGACCAGCUGGGCACGGACAUCGCCAGGACCUCCCCAGUGACUGCUCGAACCCUGGAGACUCUGAUCCGAUUGUCCACGGCUCACGCUAAAGCCCGAAUGAGCAAAGCCAUUGAGCUGGAGGACUCAGAGGUUGCUGUGGAGCUUGUGCAGUAUGCUUACUUCAAAAAGGUUCUGGAGAAAGAAAAGAAACGCUCCAGAAAAGAGCAUGACUCAGGCUCAGAGGAAGAGGAGGAAGAUGAGACGGGGACCCAACGCUCACAGAAGACACAGAGGAAGAGGGUGCGCCGUGGCUCUCAAGGCAGUGAGCCCUACAGCCCCUAUGACUUCACAGAAAAUCAGGAUGUCCCUGAGAUUCAGGCCCGGAGCCCUAAACCCCCCAAAGCAAAAGGACAACAGGAGGAGCCUAUGGAUGCCACUGCAGAGGGAGAGGAACUAUCAGCAGACAGGCUGAAAGAGUUCAAGUCGUCACUGUUCUCAGUGUUCCAAUCCGCACAUGCUCAGUCCAUCAACAUGAAGGAGCUGAAGACAGACCUAAACAAAGGGCGAGAGAAGAGCUUCAGUGACACUGAGAUCCGCAUGGCCCUCACACGAAUGCAAGAUGACAACCAGGUCAUGAUGGCUGAUGACAUCAUCUUCCUCAUCUAGAACUUUUACUACAAAAAUCAAAGCCAAAUUGAAAAUGUGCUGCUGCUUUCGGUCCCACUCAGUUUAGAGGUAUUAAAGCUCCACUAUGUAACAUCUCCUUAGUGGACUCAUAGUAUGGUUUUCAACUUGUCUAACAUGUAUUUGUUCCGUUUUAAUGCUUAAACUUGCCUUUUAAAAGCAUGCAUUCUGUGAGCUUGGUCACCUCUUCACAGACCUGACCUGUAAAUAUCUGGUGGCGUCUCCUACUUUUCUCUGUGGAGAUGAGUGCCAUACUGUGUAACAUCCUAGGCAAAGCACCUCCAUGGAGAAGAUAUGCCCAUCUUCUCCAUGGAGACAAGCGGGUGACGGGCCUGCCACCAGAAGAUUUACACAGUGCCCUUUUAAGGCAGGGUUCCAUAAGUAGGUGAGAUAUUGGACUUUGUUAAUCUCCACAUUUCCAACUGAUAUAACCUUUGAUUUUAUUUAAUUUGAGAACACAGAUGGCUUACAAAACUGGGGUUGACUUAAAUAUGAAACAUAAAACUUUUACAACAUGUUUUCAAAGACGAAAUAGUCCCUGAGAGAAAAAUGUGUUCUUAAUUUGCCUCAGUCUUUCAGCAAUACUGAGACGACCUGUUCCGGCAGUAGUCAAUUUCCGUAUAUCACUUGGAAAUCCCCCUCCAGAAAUACAACAACAUUCCUGCACAGGAGUCUACUGUCCGUGACAUGGCCACUGCCCUGCACAAACUCCCCCUCUCUCCUUUGUGGUGAAACAAAAAACUGAAGAAGCUGUUGGGUUUUUUGAAAAAUCUGGUUUGUUCCUUUUUGCCUGGAGCCAGUAAUUUCAAUAUGGACUGAAAGAACAUUGAUAUGAUACUCCCAACUUUCAACAGUAUGCAGUUUGAUAUGCACAGCACUGUGUAAUUUCAAAGUACUUGGGUUUGGGGUGCUAAUAUGCUAAAAAUGUAAAAUUAGUCUAAAUGCACAUUUUACCAGUUGCUUUGUGCUCCCUCCACAUCAGAGCAAAGAAAAUUAGCAAUUUUUAUAGUUUGUAAUGACAUAAAUACUGUGUCUGGUUUUGUACAUAAACAUGUUUUGAAUUGUUGUGUAUUGAAAAAAAUAAAUGAUUUGUUAUUUGUACAGAUUUUUCAAACCAUAGCUAAUUGUAGAGCGGAGCUUGGCCAAUAUCUCAUGCCAAAUAUUUAACAGAGUUGAUUUAAGGCAGAUGUGAAGGUGGAUUUGUUAUUCAAACAAAACUGAAAUCUGUUUUGAAAUGAAGAUGUAAAAUGUGUUAGAAGAUUGUGUUAAGAAAUGUUUUAUUUGUAUUAUAAAUAUUUGGUCUGGAGUCUAUGGGGUGAAGCCUAAUACUAUGUGACCAGAGUGAAACAAGGGCUACAAGGUGAUCAUUAGAAACUUUGUUGUUUUAAAAUUGAUUGUGGACAAUUAUUUGGCUCUUUUGUAAACGUUAGCAAAGGCAAACGCCAGCCAAAUAUGGAGAGUAUGUUUACAACUAACACUGCCAUCUAGAGGUCAAAUUUAA